AUGAAUGAAGAAAUCGAUAAGAAUAUAAAAUUAAAUAGCAAUUUCAUAGAGUUUGAAGAAAUAAUAAAAGACAUCAACACCCCGUUCAGUUUUAUUGACUUGGUUGAAAUUCCUUGUGUGCCUUUAGUGGACAUAUAUGGAUUGUCCCUCCUCAGCAAUGAAGCAUAUUUGGAAUAUAAAAAUGGGUUAAGGGAAGACAAGCUAAAUCCAGAAGAUGAAAUUCGAUUGACUCUCUUUUUUGCAGUAAAACUAUACAAAAAGAAUGUCUUAAAGAUAAAGUUUCCUUCCUACUAUGACAUCAUCGAAACACUCAAGUUUGACCCUGUGUCUGUUACCAUAGGGCUGUUUAACCAAUUUUAUUUCGAAACCGCAUACGAGUUGUGUAAUUUAUUGCCAGUUAGUGAAUGGCCGUCCACCAAUUUUUAUGACAUUUUGAGAAAGGCAGAAAAGACUAGGAUACAUUUUUUGAUAAACAACAAAACGAAAUUAAAUUCGUACUUCCUGGAAGGACUCACAAACAAGGAAAAAAAAAUUUACAAAUACUUUAUUGAGGGGACUUCCAAGGAAAGGGAGUCCAUGAAUAAGGAGACUACGCUGUUUUAUUUUUACGAAAAGGACAAAUGA